UUGUUUACAUGUUUUGUGAAUAAAAAAUUCAACAAAAUAUAAUUAUUUAACAUGGAUGAGUGCUUAAUGGAGACUAGCUCACCCACCGAGGUCAACGCAGAUCUCAACUUUAACAUGGAGGACGAGAAAUUGCAGUUGCAAGAACAGCGAACAUCUGCCGCCGUUGGCGGAGGCGUUUCAGUUGCGGACGGCAGUGAGAGUCAGACUGCAGCCGGCGUUUGUUAUUGUGGUAAGGAACGUAAUCUGAACGCGAUUGAGCUACUUUGUGCAACGUGUUCGCGCUGGAUACAUGAAUCGUGUAUUACAUAUCAGUUGGGCAAAGGAAAAAUAUUGCCAUUUGUUACAAACUAUAUAUUUGUGUGUAAAAACUGUUCAGCCACAGGUCUGGAAAGCUUUCGCAAAAAUCAAGCCACAAUAUCUCAGAUGUGUCAAUGUGCCAUUGCAAACAUGCAGCAGGCGGCGCUGCGGGAUGCCAAGCCUCAAAUACAGUUUAGCAAGGAUAAAGAGAUUAUACCCUAUAUUGAACAAUACUGGGAAGCCAUGACAACGAUGCCGAGACGCUUAACGCAGUCUUGGUACUCAACCGUGCAACGAUCCCUUGUCAAAGACGUGAACACGCUAUUUACUUACGAAGAACAUGUGGAGCACGGUGCUAUGUAUGGAUUGUUCCAUCAAGAUCUGCGAAUGAUUAAGCCCAACUAUGAGAUCAUGAGUAAAACCGGUGCUCUGCGUCUCACGGAAGAUGGUUACAUACAAGCGACGCUUGCCAAGAACAAUAGACAGAAGCGAAAGUUCCCGGGCACUGAUGCGGGUCCAACGGGCAAGAAGGGACGUCCAAGCUCGGACAUAAGUGCGAAUGUGAAGCUGCCUGCACAUGGUUAUCCCUUGGAGCAUCCCUUUAAUAAGGAUGGCUAUCGCUACAUUCUAGCUGAGCCGGAUCCGCAUGCGCCAUUCCGUCAGGAGUUCGAUGAGAGCUCCGACUGGGCAGGUAAACCCAUUCCCGGUUGGCUAUAUCGUACUCUGGUACCACAUGCGGUUCUUCUGGCGCUGCACGAUCGUGCACCACAGUUGAAAAUAAGCGAGGAUCGACUGGCGGUGACUGGUGAGCGAGGAUACUCUCAAGUUCGUGCCACACACUCUGUGAAUCGUGGUCGCUGGUACUACGAGAUUACCAUUGAGGAGAUGCCCGAAGGUGCUGCCACACGCAUCGGUUGGGGCAGAGAAUAUGGAAACCUGCAGGCGCCUUUGGGUUAUGACAAGUUUGGUUACUCUUGGCGCUCCCGCAAGGGUACAAAGUUCACAGAGAGCCAGGGCAAGCAUUACAGUGAAGCUUACGGUGAAGGCGACACACUGGGCUUGCUUAUUGAACUGCCCGAAAUGCCAACUUUGGAUUACCUGCCCAAUACAUUUAAGGAUCGUCCUCUUGUUAAAUUCAAAUCGCAUUUGUAUUACGAAGACAAAGACAAGAUUACCGAGACCCUUAAGAAUCUGCACAUUCUGCAAGGCAGUCGGAUUGAGUUCUUCAAGAAUGGGCAAUCGCAGGGCGUGGCUUUUGAAGACAUCUAUGCGGGUAGCUACUUCCCCGCCAUAUCCAUACACAAGAGCGCCACAGUGAGCGUCAACUUUGGACCAGCUUUCAAAUAUCCCGCUGUGACAAACGAUCGCAAUGCCAAAGGAAUGAACGAUCGUGUUGAAGAACUGAUCACGGAGCAGUGUCUAGCCGAUACGCUAUAUCUUACGGAGAACGAUGGUCGUCUGCGUCUGGACAACAUGAGUUUGUAAUCAAAACUUGACAAAUCAAUUUGGUUUGUUAUUUUACUACAUUUCUUUUGUAUAGUUUAAUUAAUUGAAGGUAAAUACAGUUGAGCAAGUAAUUGUUUUAACAAAAUAAAAAGUCAACUGAUUUUA